GGGAGGGAGCAUGUUUGCCUCUCUGCUCACUUCUGCCAGAGUAGAGGAAUGCUGGACACCCAGAGACAAGGGAGGCUGCCGCACGCCACGCCACAGCCGAGUCCCACACGUCCGGCUUCCUCCUUUUGAGACACACAGAUGUCAGAAACUGAGUUGGAAAAGAUAAAAGUAAGAACAGCCGAGCAUUUUGAAAAUGACAAAAAUAACAUUCCUUGGUUAAAAGAAGAUACGCAACUCACCAAUGAAAAGCAUGCCGAUGAGAAACCUAUUAAUGCUAUCGGUAUAAAUUCAGUAUCCGAAUUCAAUAUCACAGAUGGACCAGCCCAGGAAACCCCCAACGAGAAAAACCUGUCAGGAUCGAGCACUUCACUCUCUUCCCUCGAAGAAUGCCAAACGAAAUUUCCCUACCUCCAAACUAAUACUUCAGUUCAUCAGAGAGACCCUGACGAGGAGUGUGCCUCCCUAAUCCUCGCCUGUCUCUUCUGUCAAUUCUUGGACUGCCUCUUCAUGCUCCCCGAUACGUGUGAGACGGUGUGCAUCAACCUGUGUUGUCCCUCACACAGGUACUACUCUGCCUCAGAUGAGAACCAUCCACGCAAUGACUGCAACUUGACCUGCGACGUGGACUGCAGCCUCUUUGAAUCUUGCCAUGAGACCAGUGAAUGCUUGGAGCUGGCCAUGGAGAUAUCAGAAAUCUGUUACCGCUAGCACAAGAGGGAAUGAGCACUUGGCCAGUCCUUUUGGCUACAAGUGGGGGAAUUCUAUUACACUGCAUCUGAGAUAAGAGCUCUGUGUGCCCAAAUGCAAGGACCAUACAUGUUUCAUGGAGGCUCUAGGCCAUUUUUAUGCUGCACCUGCCUGGGAAAGCUACUACUGUCAAUUUGUUCCAACUUUCACAGUCGCAUGGCUCGCUGCAAAAUAAUUCUUGAUGUGUGAUGAACAAAUCUUGAAUACCUCUUACAUGCCAUAGGUAGAAGCUGUUUCUUGACUGUUAAAUAGCAUGCUGAACCAUUCUGUGUGCUUGACUUGGUAACCUGCAUUGUGACUUCAUUCAUGAACUCAGGACAAAUUAUGCUUCCUCAUAGGCUCAACACACAUUAGUUCCCUUUCUGAUGGACUCAUGCAUAAACAUUAUGCAUUAUUGGUUAUUAUUAAUAAUGUAUUACGUAACAUCAUUUUGUAAUUAAAAAUUUAUUUAUAUAGUCUCUUAAAAUUCACUUAUAUGUACAGUUUAGGUAGGAGAGGGAAUUAAAUGAAUCAGAAACCGUGUUCCUAUAAUUAAAGCAGAUGUCUUUGAAACCUCUCCAAUGAAUCUUGAAUCUGGUAAACUUCAGGAGAGCCCUAUAAUUCUAGACCAUUUCAUUAUAUGUGUGUUGCUGCAUCCUAAAAAGUCAUGUAUAUUCUUAAUUGGUUACAUAAAGAUGCUUCUUUAUUACAAUAGGCAAAAAUGGGAGCCACGUGCAUGUUUCGGGAAUUUGAUCUACGAUAAUCACAUCUUCGCCUGCCUCACUUCUCUCUGUCAGGUACAAUAAGCAACAGGGUAUUAAAAAGAAGUCAGUUCACUUCACUAAACUCUUACAUAUACAGGCACCUGAAAUAAAUACACAUUCAGGGACUUGCUCAACACAUUUCCCAAUAUGGCCUGUGUGCUUUGGAAACUAUAAUUCAUCAUUUUAUUUUUCCGCUAAUAAAGUGACUGAUGAACGCCCUGAAAAUGUCUUCCCCCUUACACUGCUGCAAAAGGCAUGGUGUAUGCUACAAAGUUACCUUUAUAUCAAGCAAAUCAAAACACACACCUAGCAGGAAAGGAGCAUCAAGCUUGGUGUAAGUUGGGAAUCUCUACAUUCGAUAGGUGUGAAGCAUCGAGGAAAAUGCUUUAUAUAGGCAUGCAUGUAUGUAUUCCUGUGUAUGGAACAUAAUGUGUUUCACAUAAACUACAAAGCACAAAUACCAACCACAUAGAGCAGGCAGCUGAAAGUAGGGCUAGGAGAUGCUUACGUGGGCUGAAAGAAGAACCAACAUGGCAGUCCCCAAAAUAAUUGUUUGGUUUUUUGAAUUGUUGUAUUCUCCUGCUUCGGGGUGAUGUUAGAGAAAAGCAAUGUUUGUAUAGUAAACUAGCAAAACUUUUUUUAAUCUGUAAUAAAAUUUCCAACAUUGAGCAGAAUUGAUCUUAAAAACUACUGCUGAGUUGCCUCGAGACUAUACUUAGCCUCUCUUAACUUGCUCCUGGAAGCAGGUUAUAUCACGGUUAGUGCCAGCCUUCUUCUCGUGUGACCUUUGUGUUAUCUGCAGACAACAGAGCGUAUAUGCCAUCCUCAACCUAAAACAUUUCUCUCUUUCUACCUUUUCAUAAGCUCAAAGGCACAACUCUAGUCUCUAUGCACAGAACUCACAGACCAUUAAAAAAAUAAUGGGGAAGGGAACAGUGGUACCCAUCUCUAGUCACAAGACAUGGGAAAUCCUAUCAGCAGUAUCAGCAGUUCAAGGUCUCAUCAGAUACAUAGCAAGUUAGAGGCCAACAUGAGCUAUGGUAGAUGUGUUAUUACCAUCAUAAACACACCAGGGAAGCCCUAAGAAUACAUGGCUACAUGAUGAGAUCCUGACUCAGGGUCUAACUGCUUUCUUACCCAAUAAUUCUUUGCUUGUUGACAUCACGAACCCAAAAACACUACCACCCUGAUGACUCAUUGUGGCAACCUUGUAGCCCUUAUACUUCCAACUCACCCCACCACCCCAGCUCCUCUCUGAGCACCCAUAUCUUGACUCAUAUCCUAGCCACUGAAGAAAGACCCAUAGAGGUCUCUGGAAUCCCAUCCCAACAGUACUUAGAUGCCUGGUCUCAUCGUUCUAUCUGUUCCAUUCAUGUUUUAUCACCAAUAUUUCUCAACAAUAUGCCUUCAAUUUAUGUAAAGAUUAUACACUUCAAAUAUGAAUCCGAUGCUUGUUGUUUAGAGACAUAAAAAUCAGUAGCUCUUAUUUGACAGCAUUUCCGGACCCUCGAAAAGUCUCCCAUGGCCUUGCUUUCCACAGCUCGUUAAUUUGUUUCUCACUCUGAGAAUUCAUCAUGCUCUACCAGAGAGGGCUGGUUAUACAAAGUGUGAAAUUUCUUUUCUUUCUAGCCAAUAAUAAAAUAGUGUCCUCUUUGC